GGCGGACGCGCCGCUGCCGCUGUCGAGCCGUUGCGCUAUGGCGAUCUUCAGCGUCUACGUGGUAAACAAGGCUGGCGGCCUCAUCUACCAGCUGGACCACUACGCGCCCCGCGCCGACACCGAGAAGACAUUCAGCUUUCCGCUCGAUCUCGUCCUGCGCCUGCACGACGAGCGCGUCGUCGUCGCCUUCGGGCAGCGGGACGGCAUCCGCGUGGGUCACGCCGUGCUCGCCAUCAACGGCGCCGAGGUCAACGGUCGCUUCACGGCGGACGGGAAGGACGUGCUGGAGUUCCUGGGGAACCCCGCCAACUACCCCGUGUCCAUCCGCUUUGGCCGCCACCGGCUCUCCUCCAACGAGAAGCUUAUGCUGGCCUCCAUGUUCCACUCGCUGUUCGCCAUCGGGUCUCAGCUGUCACCCGAAGUUGGGAGCUCCGGGAUCGAGAUGCUGGAGACCGACACCUUCAAGCUGCACUGCUUCCAGACACUGACAGGGAUCAAAUUCAUGGUUCUUGCUGACCCACGGCAGACAGGGAUAGACGCUCUUCUCCGCAAAAUCUAUGAGAUUUACUCAGACUUCGCCCUGAAGAAUCCUUUCUACUCCCUGGAGAUGCCAAUAAGGUGCGAGUUGUUUGAUCAGAACUUGAAGCUUGCUCUGGAGGUGGCAGAGAAAGCUGGACCCUUUGGACCUGGAUCAUAGAGAAAGCUCAUCUGUUGUACAGAUUAAUUCAUCUGAAGAGUGGGGCCUCUCUCUUCCCUGGCUGGCCACUCACAAAGCUCCCCUCUCCACAGCAGAGACUGCACAUCCCCAAAACAUGCUUCAGUAUCUCCCAAAAUACUGGUUUAUCCCCUUUGCUGCAAAACUUACCUUAAACAGAUUCCUCAGCACUGUUUACAUUGAGCCACAGGACCUUAUUUUGCUGUUGCAGCUCUGCUGCACUUGGGUGAAGAAGGUGCAGGUCUGUGGCCUUACCAGAGUCAGUGCUUUUCUUUCCUGUCGUAAAUGUACAUAUGUAUUUUUCUUGUAUAGCUGUAACUUAUGGUCUUGCAGAGGGUUUCUGUAUAGAAGUAAUAAGUGUUUACUAAUGAGGCUAAUGGCUGUUUGCUUUCUGUUGGUGAGGACAUUUGUGCCAUUGGCACCUCAAGAGGAUGUUGUGGGAUUGGGGUGGUUUUGCUUUUAUUUCUCUCCAUAAGACAACAGGGCCCUUGUGACACUGCUCCAUUUUUAUUUCACAUAUAGAAGAUAAUCACAUAAUUAAGUACAAAAUGUAAUUCACUUCCAUUUUUUAAUUAAGGCUAGCUAACUACUCUUGCAACCAAGGUACUCAGCAAAGUACCUGCAUGCAGGUUCUUUACAAGUUGAACUUGCCUCUUUCAGAACCCUAAAACAUUAAAUCCUUUUGGGGAAAAACAAGAAUAUUCAACAAAUUCCUGAUUAAAUACCUGAGCUAUUGCAGGGUGCUGGGCCUGACUGCUAAGGCUGACUCAGAAGCAGCCCAAGCCCCUGCCUGCAGCCAUGAGAGACGCAACUCUUGGCCAAACCAUCCCAGUCUUCACACCUUGUACUGAAAAGAUACAAACCAAUGCUAGAAAUGUGGGUUAUCACAAAACCCAGCUGCAGAAAUUGUGGGUUGGUGGUGGCUGCUGUUGCAAUUCCUGCUGCUGGGAUAGUUUUCCUGACUGAUUGGCAGAGCACUGGCUGCGAGCUGCCUUGGCAGCAGCUGCCUCCCUUGCAAAUCAUUAACACUGCACA